CUCAUUCCUCCAAUGGCUAGGAAUCGAUGGCCUCAGGAUUCCAAACGAUAUGAAGCGCAAUGCAGUGACGAAGAAGAUGAAGCCUCGAUGGAAUCCGACUCGGAAUCCGAACCAGAGCGUAAACCAACUGUGGAAACUCCAUUGCCGCCGCCGGUCGUAAAAUCCCAACCUCAAUCCACAUCAGUGAUCCGGCAGAUGAAGGAACAAUCUGAAUCGGGAUCUGAAACAGAGACGGACUUGGGAACAGAAUCAGGAUCCGAAUCCGAAUCCGAAACAGAGUCCGACGUGCCGAGCACGAAACCAUUGAAGAAAUCCAACGGCGUCGCCAAUGAGCCCGCACUGAACCGUAGGGUUUCGGAGGCUGUGACUCCGGGUAGAUCUGCCGGCGCAAAACGCUCCGUGGAGGAGAAACACGCCGGGAGGGUUUCGAAGAGGCAAAAGACGAAGCAGCCAGAGCUCGAAUCCGAAAAUCUUGUGAAGAAGUCUGACGAUUCGAAGAAACAGUAUUUCCAGCGGCUCUGGAGUGAGGAUGAUGAGAUUGCAAUGUUGAAAGGAAUGGUCGAUUACGCCGAGAAGACGAAAUCCGACCCUGUCACCGACCUGAACGCCUUCCACAGCUUCAUCAAGGAUAAUCUCCACGUAGAUGUGUCAAGGAAUCAAUUGCAGGACAAAAUCAGGAGACUGAAAAAGAAGUAUGAAAACAACAAGAGCAAAGAAAAGCAAGGCAAAGAGCGAGCCUUCUCCAAACCACACGAGCAGAAAGCCUACGAAUUAUCUAAACACAUAUGGGAAGGUACUCCGAAAGCCAACGGAAGUGCAACAAUCAGAAGCCGGAAGAACAAUGAUGUAGUCGAGAAUGAGGAGCGUAAAAAUGUGGAUACAAUGAAACAUAAUGACUGUGUCGAAAGGGUGUGGUCAUCCAAAAUGCUGUGGUCGGAAGAUGUGAGCAUGGAAGAUAGGAUAUACAGAAUUGGAUCCAAAUUGUUCGAGGGGCAGCGCAGGGAUGAUGAGGAAGGGAGAGAAUGGAAGCAGCUGAAGCUGCUGGAGGUUGAGCUUCAACUGAAGAUGCUCGAGGUGAAGCACGCUCGGACUAAGCUGGUUCUUGAUGCCUUGAAGUCCACUGAUCCAAGGUAAAAGUUGAGGUAAUGAAGAUGUAAUUACAUUGCCAUUGUUGCUUGAUUCAAGUUUUGGACGUUCAUUCUUUGAUUGCUUUGGAAUACUGAAAUACAUGAUCCUGCUACUGUGAAUUUUUAGAAUUUUUUUAUGGGAAUGUUAUGGAUUCAGUGGCC